GCGCGGAGGCCGCCGGAAGCGGCGGGAGGCGGCGCGGAGCGGGGUUGGUGCCGCCGGAGCGGCAGCGGCGCAGCGCGGAGCUCCAGCCCCAGCGUUCCUUCCUUCCGUCCUUGCGUUCCUGCCUUCGCUCCGCGGCAGCGGCGGUACCGAUGAGCGGGCUCCGAGCGCCCGGCGUGCGGCCGGUGCCCACCUGCCUGCUCCUGCUGGGGCUGCUCCUGCCCGCCUCCGCCGCGGGCGCGGGGUGCGAGCUGGAGGCUGCGGACGGCGGCGGCGGCAGCGGCGGCCGGCGGGGAGGACGGGGAGGCGCGGCCGCCUCUGCGGCGGAGCCGGUGACAGAUCCCUGCAGUUCACUCAGCCCCCCGUGCUUUACCGAGGAGGACCGAUUCAGCCUAGAAGCUCUCCGCAUGAUCCACAAGCAAAUGGAUGAUGACAAAGAUGGCGGUAUCGAAGUAGAUGAAAGUGAUGAGUUUCUAAGAGAAGAUAUGCAAUACAAGGAUGCCUCAAAUAAACAUAGUCACCUGCACAGAGAAGACAAGCAUAUCACCAUUGAGGAUCUGUGGAAACGCUGGAAAACAUCUGAAGUUCAUAACUGGACUCAAGAGGACACUCUUCAGUGGCUCUCAGAUUUUGUUGAAUUGCCCCAAUAUGAAAAGAAUUUUAGAGACAGCAAUGUCAAUGGAACAACACUUCCCAGGAUAGCAGUAAAUGAACAUGCUUUCAUGAUCUCCCACUUGAAAAUAAUUGACCGGAGCCAUAGACAGAAGCUUCAGCUUAAAGCCUUGGACGUUGUUUUAUUUGGACCUCUCACCCGUCCCCCUCACAACUGGAUGAAGGAUUUUAUAUUAACAGUUUCUAUAGUUAUUGGUUUUGGAGGCUGCUGGUUUGCAUAUACACAGAACAGAACCUCAAGAGAACAUAUCACAAAAAUGAUGAAGGACUUAGAAAGUCUCCAAACAGCAGAGCAAAGUCUUCUUGACUUGCAGGAAAGGCUUGAGAAGGCACAAGAAGAGAAUAGAAAUGUUGCUGUUGAAAAGCAAAAUCUGGAGCGCAAAAUGAUGGAUGAGAUCAAUGACGCAAAACGUGAAGCUCAUCGCCUAAGGGAAUUGAGAGAGGGAGCUGAAUGUGAGCUCAGCAGGCUCAAAUAUGCAGAGGAGGAGUUAGUACAGGUUCGUAUGGCUUUGAAAAAGGCUGAGAAGGAGUUUGAGUUGAGAAGUAAUUGGUCUGUUCCUGAAGCUUUGCAGAAGUGGCUUCAGUUAACACAUGAAGUCGAAGUACAGUAUUACAAUAUCAAAAGACAGCAUGCAGAAAUGCAAUUAGCAAUUGCUAAAGAUGAGGCAGAAAAGAUAAAAAAGAAGAGAAGCACCGUAUUUGGAACAUUACAUGUUGCACACAGCUCCUCCCUGGAUGAAGUGGACCAUAAAAUUCUUGAAGCAAAGAAAGCACUCUCUGAGUUGACGACGUGUUUGCGAGAGCGUCUUUAUCGAUGGCAACAGAUUGAGAAGAUUUGCGGGUUUCAAAUCGCACACAAUUCUGGGCUACCAAGCUUGACCUCCUCUCUCUACUCUGAUCACAGCUGGGUAGUUAUGCCUCGAGUUUCCAUUCCUCCCUACCCAAUUGCAGGGGGAGUUGAUGACUUAGAUGAAGACACUCCUCCAAUAGUUUCACAGUUUCAUGGGUCCAUUGUAAAACCUUCCAGCACACUGGCAAGAAGCAGUAGCUUGUGUAGAUCAAGACGCAGUGUUGUGCCAUCAUCUCCACAGUCUCAGCACGCUUUGCAGUCCCCUGACCCUGACAUCCUUUCUGUGUCGAGCUGCCCAGCUCUCUAUCGAACUGAAGAGGAGGAAGAAGCCAUUUACUUCUCUGCUGAUAAACAAUGGAUCAAAAGCAAUGUCAGCUACUGGGCGAAGAGGAGAUGGAUGGUAACACAAUUCUUACAGCAUGUUGAGCGUGUACCUACUCUUGUUACAUGGCCUCAUAGGAAAAGGUUAAAUUCCUUUUGGAAGGAGCAAAUGAGCUUGUUGAAAGGGAAGUACAGGAAACAGGUUCGGAAUGUGACUCCUUAAAUUCAUCCAUUGGAAGAAAACAGUCUCCUCCAGCAAGUCUUGAGAUGUACCAGACAAUUUCUCCUCAGAAAGUAUCACCAGAAGAAUUCUUACUUGAGGAAUCAUCUAUGGGAGACUCCUCUUCUCUAACUGCAGAUAUUUCUAGGGGCUCUCCUGACUGUGUAGGCAUGGCAGAAACUAAGAGCAUGAUCUUUAGUCCUGCAAGCAAAGUUUAUAAUGGAAUCCUGGAGAAGUCUUGCAGCAUGAACCAGCUUUCAACUGGGAUCCCAGUCCCAAAGCCUCGUCACACCUCAUGUUCUUCAACCGGCAGUGAUAGUAAACCCAGCCAUGAAGCUGCUUCUGUCCCUAGGAUAAGCAGCAUCCCACAGGACCUCUACCAGAAUGGUGAAAAAAAUAAAAAGCCAUCAAAAAUAAAAAACCUCUUUAAGAAGAAGUGUAAAUGAGGUGGGCAGAAGAACCUAUAGUAAUAUUAUAAGAACUCUUAUUUUUUAAAUCUUUAGGAAUGUAAUUCUAUUUGAGCAUUCCAGACUGGAUGCCCUAAUGGAAUACUCUGUAGGUCACCUAUAUUUAAUGACUGUACUGUCAACGGUUGUGCCAGCUGUCAAUGAGAAAUCAUUAAAAAGUUCAGACAGUUUACAUUAAUUUCUGCCUAUUUAUUUCUUUAUUUUUUUAGUUUGUCUUUUUCAGCCUUUUUUUUUUUUUUUUUAAUUUGAUUUGUUGGGCUUUUUUAAGUUUAUUCAUAAACCAUUUUUAAGCCACUUCGGACUCCUAAGCUUUAAUGGACUAGUAAGCCUUCUUGGGCUUGCCAAAGUUUCUUGUUUACUGGAGCAUCUUCCUAUCUUUCCAUAGAAAUAGGACAUUUAUCUACUGGACUUUAACAAAAAUAAAAGAAGUAGAACUAAAUGAAUUGCACUACUGCUUUACAGACUGGAACAGUCUCUGCAAGUGAAACGGAAAGACUUGUAUUUGACUGAGAACAUGAAUCUUUUCACUUUUAGAUCUUUUGGGGUUUUAAAGUAGAAUUUAGCAUUUCUAAUUGACUUGAUUUCUGGAAAUGGAAAUGUCAUGCUUUUAUUAUGGGAAGCUUUGUUAGAUGCAUUUAUUAUUAGAAUGGUUCAAGUCCUGCUGUAAAGAUCAUUUUUUUCCCAGGACUUUCACUGUGAUUUUAAUUCACUGCAGGCUGUAUGACAAACAGAAAAAAGAAAAAAAUGGAAGAAAAAAAAAAGAAAAAAAAGAAAAUUACCAAGAGAACAGGCUCUUGAUUCCUUAUGCAAGAUGGUUGUGAAACUUGACUGAAGACUGAAAAAAUUCACCCUCAAAAUGAGGAGGGAGAAUAGUAGCUUUUGUUUACAGAUUGACAGACAAUGGACAUUUGGGUUGCGAAAGUUUGUACUGUGGUAAAGAUAAUAAAUUGGAAACAUUAUUGUGCUUGGGAAUGUUCCAAUUUUAGCUGAUGCUUGUUUCAGACAUGUUUCAGAGGUCCUGUUAAUUGGAAGCUGUCGUAGGCUACAUUGCUUAUGCUUACUGCUGUGUAUAAGUUAUUAUAUUUUUUGAAUUAGCUAUUAUUGUCUUAAUGUCCUCCUUUUGUAAGAUUUCAUACACUUUAUUUUUGUAUAGUUUGAAGAUUUAGCUGUUCAAAGAUGUCUGAAGUAAAUAGUAUAAUUUUAUAAUGCACACUGUUAUACUAACUCAUAAUUUUACAUAUAAAGAUAGAUAUAAAGGUGAGAUGACAUGCUUCAGAUAAAAGCAAUUUUUGUGAAGCUUUUUGAGGGAGGGAUGAAAUUACUGUGAGGUAACAAGGAAGCCUUCUUAGGAUAGCAGUAGCUAGUUGUUCAAAAACAUCCUUUUAUUUUUUUUUAACAGUUGGAGACAAAAAAUGUAUGGCUUAAGCAACAGUGCCUUGUAUUCAGUUUGAAAAUAUUAAUACUGAGCAGGAAUUUCUUCUGAGGUACAUUCCAAAGAAAUAUUUCCUGUUCUAGUCAAUAGAAGCAAUUUACCCAGUGAUGACUAAACAGUCUCAGAUCUUCCAUGGGGGUGUUCCAUUUGCCUCAGUAGCAGGUGCCACUGCCAGGGACUUGUGAUUAGGGGCUCACUUCUUGCCAAUAUGUAUGUGAUGUACUGUAUGAAAGAAUUAUUUCACAGACUGCCUACAUUUUUUCUAGUAAGGAGCCUUCAAAACCUGUAGCUAAUUGAAAUCAAGUGAUGUGUCUUUUCUAUAAUUUUCUUUUUAGGUUCCACUGUACAUACCCAAUGUAGUUCUCCCCUCAAGAAGUGGUGGUGAUUUUAACAGAUUUACUGUGGUUAGUGACAUGGUUGAAAGAGAGUGGUUAUAAAAUGGGGUGGAGACCUUGCAUGUGCAAGUACUUUAGAUGUCCUGGUACACUGGUUAAUUCCUUAAGAGAACGGAAAUAAUCCAGAUCCAGUAAUUUGUUGUGUGACUGACUGUAGGCCAUGUAUGCAGAAAUGCAUGGGACAAAUCAACUGUGUGGUAAAGUUUGGAGAAGAAAAAAUUGGUGGAAUAGAAAAUAAUGAGUACAUAAUAUUGUUCCAUUAUUCUCUGAAUCAUCGGGUUGAACAGCUGUAGCUUAAAAAAAACCCCAAUGUAAUCACAAGGUAACAAUGGUCUCUUUGAACAAGGAUUGUACAUCUGGACAUGGCAGACAACAAAAAGCAGUGAUGAAAAAUGUUGUGCUGAAGAACCACCUCAAUGCUGAGCCUUCAAGAGCUGCAGUUUAAAGACUGAUGAAGUACUUGAACAUCUACAAAGGGAACAAUUUCAUGCAAGUAGGGAAGUCACUGUGCCUCCCAAACAACACAGAGACUACUACCAGAAAAAUCUUGAUGCACCUGAGAAGGCUAUAGCAAUAAUUGAGUUUAAAAUAAUAUCUGGGGCUGGAUAGUAGAUCUUGGUGUGAGGUUUGAGUAACUCUGUCUCUAUCAUUACCAAAAAAGAUCAAGUGGUGUUUUGGUACAGCAAACAUUUUUGGAGAGUGAACAUUUACACAUGGAAAAAAAGCUGGUACUGAGUAAUGGAAGGGCAGCACUUCUUAAUUAUGAUAUCAAAAUUGGGCAAACUCAAAUACUGAGAAGCCAAAACAGACAAAUUCAGUUUUCUGUAGUAAGUAUAACUAAAAGUGAAAUAGAGGAGGUAUUGAGCUUUUCAUGGCUGAGAGUUAAAGAGUUAAAUAUAUUUUUAAAAAAACAAUUUAACUAUUUUCUAGAAAAAAUAUAUUUCAUUAUGUUGUUCAAACAAAUUAGAUGAGGUUAUAUCAUAAUGAUGGAUUCUGGCUUCAAAAUGGCAAACCUUUGGAGCACAGACUCAACACUCUCAACACUCAGUGUAUCACCAGCUGUCCUGUAACUUUAUAGCUGCUUCUUAAUAAGUGUUAGAGAACAAAAAGAUGAAAUUAAUACAGUCAGAAGUGGUGAGUAUUAUAUGUUGGAGCACAAAUUAAUUUUAGGUUGAGUUUAUUUUUUAUUAUUUUAAUAGCCACUUGGAUUUCUUGCCAUUUAUUUAAAUAAAGUGGCUUCCAUUGCUCCUACUGCAGAAAUUCCUGUCUUCAAAUGGUUCAAGUCAUUUUACCGAGGGAUGUUGAGAGCCCUGGCUCUAAGGUAGAUCCUCUCUGGCAGUCACCAAACCCAGUCAUAGCAUUGAAGUACCUGGCAUAUCCACAUGUAAGAAGUGAGACAACAUGCCCCAAAAGGUUCUCUGUUCCAGCUCCACUGGCUCACAGUGUAACUUGAACUCGCUGGCAGGCAGGGAGUCCAGCCAGCAUUCCAACCACUAGGAUUCAUAGGACAUAUCAGUCACUUGAGAGUCAGCUAGUGUCAGUAGAGAUUGGUUUGUGGGCUUUUUGUUUUGUUUGUUUGUUUUGGAUGUUUUUUCGCUCUUAUAGCUAAAAUACAUGGGUUUUUUUUUUUUAAUUUUUUGGUAUUUCAGAAGAUGAGGCUCUUUGCUAUUUAUGUAUUUUGUUAGAGUACUUUGUCAGGACAGCAGCUUCUUUAUGGAAAUUGCCUAAAAGACUUCUCCCUGUUUAAGGCUGCUGUUUAAGUCACUUGUAAAAUGAAGACGUGUCACAUGUAUGGUUCUGUAUAAAGAAGAAAAAAAAUCCCAGUUCUUCUAAAACUAAGCAAACCCAAACUCUUCCACAAUUCUUACUAAAGCUGUAUGAUACUUGAUUAGCAUAAAAGUAUUGGGAAAGGCAUUUUCGUUGCCAUGGGGAAUGCUUUUACCAUCUUACAAUGCACUUAGAGAUUAAAACAGUUGAUUAUGUUUGGGUUUUUUGGUUUUUCAUUUUGGUUGGCUCCCCUCCAUCCCUCAUCCCUACUGCUCAGUGAUGGAACUUAAAAUUGUUCAUUGACAAUUCCAGGCAUAUGCCCACUUUUCUUCCCUUGCUGGUACCUAGGUAGCAGAUUACCCUCUAUUUCCUGAAGGGCAAUUUGCUGAAAGAGGAAAAAUUCUCAAUCAUAGUUCAAGUAGUAAUAUUAAAGAAUAUAUUUCCUUUUUUGGAAGCCUAGAAGAUGAAGCCAAGAAUACUUGAUUUCUGUUUUCUUACAAUAUUUAUGGAUGCCAGCUGGAAUUAGGCAGUAAUUUACAACUGAUUGAAAGCCUAAAAAGAUAAAGCUAAUAAGAAAUUAAAGCUUUCAAGAUUUUUUCCUUUUGCUUCCCAAAAUAUGGGAACAUGGCAUGCACAGGAGGGAAAUGAGCUGAUUAGCAUUUCUUGUAUCACCAGCUGUUAGAGUUUCAGGAUAAUUUCAUUCCAUUUCCACGAUACAUUGCUGGAUAGGGAUUGCUACCUUAUUUUUAUUAGUAUACAAUGAAAUUUUUUUUUCAAUUUAAUUACAAGCACAUUUAUGAGCAGUGGAGAAUGUAAAUAAUUUUUUUUUAAAGCCAAAUGGAGGACUUACCAAUUCUUGGACUGCUUGUCUGUUUGCUUAUCUCCUUGUGCAAUAUGUUAAGUAGGAUAAACACAUUUUUCUAUUCUGUUCCAGUUGCCCUUACUAUAUAGGGGUGUGUUACUAUCUCAUGUUUGAAUCACUGCUCCAAAAUUGCUUGUAGGCGUUUUAAUCCUGGAUGUUGCAUCUUGUGAUUCCUGGUGAAGCCCCCUAUGCCAGGUUGAGUCUUAAGUGCUGCUAACAUUUUCUGCUAGUGACACAGAUGUUGGGAUAACUAAUAACUAAAAAUUGCCUGCAGAUUUUGGCUGCCUGACAGUGUGUAGAUGUUUAGGUGACCAUUUUUCGGGGUUUCAGUAGCAGUUCGAAUGUGUCAUACAGGUGUUCAACAGAUGGUUUUUGAUUCCAGCCCAGUGCAGAUGAUGCUUUUCUGACUCUCCACUUAGUCCUCUGUUACGUAAACAGAACUCAGCAAUUCAUACAAAUGGUAACAAUAUCAAGUUUUAAACUAUUAUCCCUGAGUGCUCUUGCAUCUGAUAUUGCUUAAGCAGAUGGCAGUACUUCUCAAUCCACUUCAGGCAUUCAGAAAUAAAGUAGAUUUGUGGUAUCUUUGGUUUUCUUAACAACUUAAGAUCUCAAGUUUACCAAAUUUUGUGUGUGUGUGUUCUGUGUAUUUAAUGCUUCACUGAAAUGAAAGUGGGAAGGUUGAUUUCUGCUUAGAUGUUAAGGAUAACACAUUUGAGCAAAGAAA